CGUUUGUUUACACUCUGUUCACUUCCCGUGGCGCGUUACUGACGUGUACCAAGUCAGGAGCACACUGUCGUUAAAUGUUAGAAUUUAUGCUUAAUAUUGUAACACGAUUGAAAGCUUUAGAUAUUUUCCGCAGUUCAACGCACGUGGACUUAAAUCACUUUUAAUGACAAUUCAACACAUGUAAAAGUUUCUCUGCAGGACACUCCGGAAUGUGGGACUGGUUCUCCUCUAUUAUGUCUUCUCCAUAGGCAUCACCUUCUAUAACAAAUGGCUAAUGAAGGUAGUGUUGGAUCAGUAAACAAAUGGUAUGAUUGAAUGGCUACUAGUCAAGGGUGUUUCACACAAAGUCAACUGAUGGUAGGUUCCAGCUUCCUGCAAACACUGAACAGCAACUGACCUGGAUAAAUGACAAUAUUGAUUAGUUUGUGAAGGAUAUGUGGCAGCUUAAAGAAUGACAGCGUGAAGAAAAAAAAGAUCUGCUGUGGUGAAAUCGCUACUGAUGAGGAUACUGGUUUUCAGAGAGUUCAAGAGUAGAAAGGAAGAAGAGAGUAGAAGACACAGAAAGUAGACGGCCUGGCUCUGACUGACAGACGAGCAGAAUGUGAUACACAAGAGUAUACAGGGCUUCCACUAUCCGCUUUUCAUGACGUUAGUCCACCUGGCUCUCACCUUCUGCCUGUCAGCGCUGACCCGGCGCGCCAUGCAGUGCUGGACAGGGAAGAAUCGUGUGAUUCUGACCUGGACAGAAUACCUCCACAAAGUGGCUCCCACAGCCUUGGCAACAACACUGGACAUUGGACUCUCCAACUGGAGCUUUCUUUUCAUCACCAUUAGUUUGUACACCAUGACCAAGUCCUCUGCAGUACUCUUUAUCCUCUUUUUCUCUCUGGUUUUAAAACUGGAAGAACCGAACCCAUUCCUGAUCCUGGUGGUGCUGCUGAUUGCUAGUGGCUUGUUCAUGUUUACCUUCCAAUCAACCCAGUUCAACCUUGAGGGCUUCCUCAUGGUGCUGCUGGCAUCCUUCAUUGGCGGGAUCCGCUGGACCCUUACUCAGGUGCUGAUGCAGAAAGCGGAGCUAGGCCUCCAGAACCCGGUGGAUGCAAUGUACCACCUCCAGCCUCUCAUGUUUCUUGGACUCUUUCCUCUCUUCCUAUAUAAUGAAGGCUUGAGCCUCAGCAACUCUGACAAGUUAUUCCGGGUGACAGAGCUCUCGCCCCUCUUGUAUUCCGUUUUCUCACUAUGCAUUGGAGGGAUCCUAGCUUUUGGUCUUGGCUUUUCAGAGUUCCUACUAGUCUCCCGAACUUCCAGUCUCACCUUAUCCAUUUCAGGGAUCUUUAAGGAAAUAUGCACACUGGUUCUGGCCGCAUUGCUGAUGGGAGAUAAAAUGAGCAUCCUCAACUGGCUUGGCUUCACCGUAUGUCUGUGCGGCAUUGCAUUGCACGUCGGACUCAAAAUCUAUUAUUCGAAAAAUAAGAGUGCAUCCUUGCGGCAGCUGAACAGUAAGAGCCCAGAGCUUGAGUUGCCCUUGCUGCGAAAUAACGAAGACUCCGCUGCUGAGAAUGAGGAAGAAAUCACCCUGCACUGACAGAAGAUAUCAAAUAUUUGAGGUCUGAAGUCAGAAAAUUUACUUUAGACUUCCUAAGCUGUCAGCAUACUGCGGGAGGUGAAAGGUAGACAUUAUGUCAUCUAGUUUAUUUUAUAACCACAUCAUUAAGUCUGUCUUCAUUAAGGCCGAUAUAAUGAAUUCGCUCUUCAAUAGGUACGGUACUUAAUUUCCUCAGAGCGGGGUAAAUACAGAUGUGGCUUUUCUGUUCGUGUGUCAACAAUAUAUAAUUGACAUUGCUUGUUGGGACUUUAAUGUGAUCGUGUAAUACGAUGGAAUUGUUUACAAAGCCAAUGUGACAGAUGGAAUAUUGAUUGAAGAAGCACAAAUGUGACUUCGUAAUCGUCAUCAUUACAACUUUCUUGUAUUUUGCUAAAGUUGUCCACCAAUUUCAUGAUCUCAUACAGUUCUUACGUUCUCUAAUCUCGAUGUAUUUUAUGCCUUGCGAACCUUGUACGAUUGAAACUCAAAACCGCAAAUUGAUAACGGCGUAAAUCGAGAAUCACGUUUAAACCAUGUUUCAGCUACCGGGACUGUGAAAUUUUAUACUACUUUUGUUACUCCUCUGACUGAUAUGUCACAAUAAGUUGCAUUUUGUUUGGUUUGAUUUCAUUUUGUUCUGAACACCACCACAAAUCAUUUGAAUUUAAAUGAAGAUUUGUUUUAAGUUUAACUGUAGACUUUCACCUUAAUCUUGAGAGCAUUUACAUCUAAAUCAGACGGAGGGUAAACGUCUCAGAUUUAGAAGUCUUCAUUAAUGCCUCCCAUUUUUUUAGGGACCAAAAGAAAUGGGACUAUCGAACUGUUAGGCAUUUAUGGCUGCCAAUGUCAAUGGUUAUCAUUUAUUUCAUGAUAAUGUGACUGCUAACAAAAGCUAUAUGAUUAAUUCUGAACACUUUUGGGUAAUACUGUCUUAGAAGUCUAAUUGUUCCUCAGUCAUAAGUCAUUUUUAACGUACCAGACAUCUGCUUUGUCUGUUGUGAGAAAACCAGUCAAACAGCAUGAGUCAAUCCCAGUUUGUUCAAGCACCUAAUUAGAUCUUUUGAGUGUAGAAGGACUUUAGUAGCAAAAAGGAUGCUCAUUGUCAAGUGGUUCUGUGUGCUGGGGAACUAAAACUUUUCUUAAUUUGUAACAAUUAACUGCAAUAGUUCAGAAAAUGGAAAAUUAUUGGGAAAAGAUCUCACCACACGCUCGCUGUCAUUUCAGUCAUGACCUAAUGUGCCUUAUUUUCCUCACAGUUUUCAAUCGGACUUAUAGAGUAAGAUUUUACAGGGAUAUACAGUUGAGUAUUUGAAAUAUAGGACAUGAAAACGAUUAUAUUAAUAAACUAUUUUUGU